UCGCCCGGACGGAAUGAGGCAGUGCACCGGCCGGCGGGCAGGCGCAGCCUCGUUGUAGCGCGGGGCUGGCGGGGAGCGCGCCGCCGCCAUAUUGUGGGGAGUCGGAGGCUUUUCCAGCGGCGAGUCCGGCCGCUCCGACCUGAGGGGAGUUUGGCGGGUUCACGCAUAUACAUACAGAAAACCAGGGGGGGGGAAAAGCCCCACGAAACAAACAAAAAGAAUAAUCAUAAAUAGCCAGCGAGAGGGAAGUAAACUCAGAACAGUUUUAAAAAAAUACAAAAAAAAUUGACACGCACCAACACAUAUAUAUAUCCGAAAAGCCAACAAUUCUGCCCACAGGAAGAGAGAAACAGCAAGUCCCCGCUCCCAGGACCAGGCUAAGGCUAGUGGCCUCUGUCAGCUAUCGGCCUUUCAGCACUAAAGGAUAUUGUAGGAUACAAUUCUACAGACUGCCUUAUUUCUGAGAAUUUAUUUUGAAAAGUAUAGCCAUGUUAGACAUUGAAAUGUGACUCAUCAUUCAGUUUCAGCUCCCAGCAUCUCAGCCAUCAGUGACCAGGCUUUGGGGCUUGAUGAGAACAUUUUUUCAUUGGCUUUGGAAAUGGAGCGAAGGUGGCAACUCUGAUUUGAAAAUCCAGCCACAACAUAAUACUUUUUUUAAAUGACUCGUGAGCGUGCUCUCUUUUUGGACAAAUUCUUGAGGACAGAGUGAACCACAAGAGACCCUCCCCACUUUGCUGAUUGUCAGAACUCAAGAUAUUUACCUGCCCCCUGGCUGCUGAACCACUCAACAUCUGCUUCUGAGCUCGCCUCUGGCCUCACAUUAGACAUGGCAGGACCUGUGCCAAGCAGGGCCAGAGUUUACACUGAUGUAAACACACACAAACCAAGAGAAUACUGGGAUUAUGAAUCUCAUGUUGUGGAAUGGGGAAAUCAAGAUGACUACCAAUUAGUUCGAAAAUUAGGUCGAGGGAAAUACAGUGAAGUGUUUGAAGCCAUUAACAUCACAAACAAUGAAAAAGUAGUUGUUAAAAUACUUAAGCCUGUAAAGAAGAAGAAAAUAAAGCGUGAAAUUAAAAUAUUGGAGAAUCUGCGUGGCGGUCCAAAUAUUAUCACACUCAUAGAUAUUGUCAAAGAUCCUGUGUCACGGACGCCAGCUUUGGUUUUUGAACAUGUAAACAACACAGAUUUCAAGCAGCUGUACCAGACCUUAACAGAUUAUGAUAUACGGUUCUAUAUGUAUGAGAUUUUGAAGGCCCUGGAUUAUUGCCAUAGUAUGGGAAUCAUGCACAGAGAUGUGAAGCCACACAACGUCAUGAUUGACCAUGAACAUAGAAAGUUGCGACUGAUUGACUGGGGUCUGGCAGAGUUCUAUCAUCCUGGGCAAGAAUACAAUGUCCGAGUGGCCUCCAGGUAUUUCAAGGGACCCGAACUACUUGUAGAUUAUCAGAUGUAUGAUUAUAGCCUAGACAUGUGGAGUUUAGGAUGUAUGCUGGCCAGCAUGAUCUUCAGAAAAGAGCCCUUUUUCCAUGGUCACGACAAUUACGAUCAGUUGGUCCGAAUAGCCAAAGUGCUAGGCACAGAAGAUCUGUAUGACUACAUUGACAAGUACAACAUUGAGCUGGACCCUCGGUUUAAUGACAUUCUGGGCAGACAUUCCCGGAAAAGAUGGGAACGUUUUGUCCAUAGUGAAAAUCAACACUUGGUUAGCUCAGAAGCACUGGAUUUCUUGGAUAAGCUUCUACGAUAUGAUCAUCAAACACGUCUAACGGCACGAGAAGCUAUGGAACAUCCUUAUUUUUAUCCAAUUGUGAAAGACCAGUCCCGAAUGGGCUCCUGUACUAACAUGCCAACUGGUAGCACUCCAAUCAGCUCAGCCAGUAUGAUGUCAGGGAUCUCUGCAAUGCCAACCUCAUCGCCACUGGGACCUCUUGCUGGCUCACCAGUCAUCUCUGCUACCAACACCCUUGGGACGCCAGUUCCAGCCACUGCAGGGGCUCAGCCUUGACGUCACCCUCCUGACUACUCGUAACCCUGGCAACCGCCUGGUCACCCUUCUCCCCUCCACCUCACUCCUCCUUGGAAACAUGGGGAACCAGCUGGUCAUGUCACAUCUGAGCAGUUGCUUAUGGAUUCUCCUGAGUUCAAUCAUUUUGAAAACGGGAAAAAGAAAGUCUGAUUUUUACUUGAGAAUUUUUUUGUGUUUUGUAUGUCACCAGACUUAGAGACAGUAUAUCUCUCUUAGUCCUAACUAGGCCAUAUGUAAUGCCUCUUUGUCAGAAAUUGUUGCCUAUACACUGUUCUCAUGCACUUGUUCAGUGUUACCACGUUUUUCCCUUGGGUUUUGAGUGGAGUUUUAGCAGAUGAUGUCACAUUGCGAGAAUUGUCUGCUGUAAUAAUUUAGUGGUUCGGAAAUAAUUUUCUUUGGAACAUUCAAAUGAUUUUUUCAUUAAAGUCUUAUUCCCAGACAAUUAGAGUAAAGGGAGUAAGUGUGAGUUGCAUUUUUAUUAUCUAAAAACCAAAUAGUGCUAAAUGGAAUAUUGCAUCUGAAAUGAAAUCUAUUAGGGAUAUGAAAUAUUGGAAGCACGGCAUUAGAUUUGUUGAGUGCUUUUGAAGGUACUCUGUUGAAACUGUUGCUAAUUAAGAGUAUGUUUAAAAGCUAAUCUAUUGCUGCAACCAUAAAUACAUUCUUUGCUUGGAAAAUCCAAGCAAGUUGUGAUUUUUUUUUCUUUCCUCCUCCUGAGCACACCACUUGCUGAUGCAAUUAUUAUCAGAGACCCAACCAUAGUGAAUUCAUUUUCAAACUUUUGGACUGAAGGUUUUUAAUCAUUUUAACAAUGUUGGAAAAAAAGUAUCAUUACAAUUCAUACUGUGUAUCAACCAAUUUAUGUACUUAGUUCUCAUUGUCUAUUGUGUUUCAGUUGCCUUUUAUUUAAAGCAAUUAAGCAGGAUUUGGAGUGGGGAGGGGUGAUGAAUUAGGAAAUGUGGCUCCAAGGAAUUUUGGUGGACUAUGGGUAGGGAAUUUUUUUUAAGAAAAGUGUUUGGAAACAAAAUUGCUGCUGUUGAUUAGUGAGAAGGCAGUUGAGUAAGGACUAUGCUUGACUACAUUUUAUUAAACAGCCUCUGGUUACACAUUUAUCAUCCAGUUAGGUGCAUUCUUUGUUCUUUCCGCUCUGCAUUUUUAUCAUUAUGCUGUGUUCAUCUGCCUUCUCAGACCUGUGGUAGGUCAGACUCAGGGCAGUGUGUAGAUUCAUACACCUGCAAUUCCACUUUGAACAGAAGCAGGUUAUUUGGAUCAGUUCUGCAUCUCUGACAUGUCCCAGGCUUGAAAGUGAUCAGUUGGGUGCUGAAACCUCCAGAUGUUUGUUUAAUGGCAGUAUAUUGCAAUGCUAGCAAAGUUUGGAGUGGCAAUACUCCUCUAUAUUCACUUGCAUGACUGGGUGUAGAGUAAUAUUUUUGUUUCAGCCCCACUCUGGCCAGAUGUAACCCAAGAUAAACUCUUGAAAAGAUCAGUGUGAAUAUGAGACCUGAAAAAGUUCCAAAUGGUUGUUAAUCAAGAAAAGGAAAAGUUUUUUUUGUGUUGAAAGAGGCAAAAGUCCAUAAUUCUCCACCCAUUAAACUAUUUACAUGGGAGCUACUUUCUUUGGAAGUGGAAACUUGAUUCAAAUAGGAUACAGUAGUAGGUGUCACUCAUGCACAUUGACACUUAGGCAUACAAGAAAUGCCUAGUAAUGUUUAUUUUGUAUGGCUCUUUUAUAUCCCUUACCUCUCGGGGUCAGUGUGUAUACUGCAUUGUGAGUAAACAACUGCACUCGUGGACAAACAGAAAGUGACUCAAUCUUAUGCCAAACCCUGUGCCCAUGAUGGUUGCCUGCCUUUGCCUCAUCUCUUUCCUAUUCCAAAUGAAGAGAUCAUCAUUGAGUUGUCUUACUUUAUUUUUCUUUGAAAUUUAAAUAAAAGCAAUAGCAUCGA